AGCCCUGCACUCACAUGUGACAUUUUGCCGCAUUAUUUAUAUUAUUGUAACAAAAAAUUGCGGUUUAGAAAAAUGAGCACAGAACGCGACGAAGAUACAAUUGUGUGCUUGCCAGGAGAACGCUUGUGCCGCAUAGAGGACAAUGUGGUGUUGGGCAUAGGCACGUACGAACAGAACGGCUAUAUCUACGCCUCCAAGUCGGGGGUCGUCAACAUUGAAGAACCCGGAGAAAACUGCCAGGUUGUGAGCGUCCACAAGCCGGGCUUCCACCUGACCAUUCCGGCUACUGGGGACGUCGUCACAGCCCGCGUGCUGGUCACAACACCAAAGUUCGCCAAAUGUGCCAUCUUCUGUGUGCGAAACGUCUUGCUGGAGAGCAGCUAUCGCGGUCUACUGCGAAAGGAGGAUGUGCGGGAAACGGAAAAGGAUCGUGUCGACAUAUACAAGUCCUUCAAGCCUGGCGAUGUGAUACUGGCUCGUGUCAUCAAUCAAAUGGAACAAUCAUUUCUCCUAACCACUGCCGAAACAGAGCUCGGUGUGGUGGUGGCCUAUGCCAGCGAUGCUCGCAAAACCCGUGUGCCCAUGGUCCCAGUGGGCUGGAGCGAAAUGCAGUGUCCACUGACUACCAUUAAGGAGCCCCGCAAAGUGGCUAAAGUUCUGCCUGAAAGUACAAUAAAUACCAUCAAUGCUCAGUAGUUUCUGUAAAAGAUAAGAAACAA